AUGGGUUUGGGUUUGUUUAAAGAGGUUGAUACAGUGGAAGAAGCAUAUAAUGCAUUGCAUUCACUGGUUAGAAAACUUAAGGAUUCUUGUCUAUUACUAGACGGUUAUGAUAAUACACUAAUGAGAAUGCAUGAUCUUGUCCAGGGUGUUGCUAUUAGGAUUGCAUGCAGAGAUCACCAUAUCUUAUCAGUAGCAUAUGGAGAUGAGUUGAAAGAAUGGCCAAAUAAGGAUUUCUUUGAAAGGUGCACUGUGAUAACUUUGCCUUCCUGCAAAAUCCCUAGGUUUCCAUCAGUGCCUUGGGAAUGCCCUGAACUAAAAAUGUUUACUUUGAGGGGUAUUGAUCAUGACUUGUUGGAAAUCCCGAUCGAGUUUUUUAAAGAGAUGAAAGUACUCAAAGUGUUGGAUUUAACCAAUCUAUGUAUUUGGUCACUACAAUCUCUUAGGUUCCUAUACAAUCUUCGAACAUUGUGUUUGGAUCACUGUGUGUUGGAAGACAUAGCUAUGGUUGGACAACUAAAAAAUUUGGAAGUUCUUAGUUUUUUAAAUUCCCAAUUUAAGCAAUUGCCAAGAGAAAUAGCGGAAUUGAUUCAUCUACGAUUGUUGGAUUUGACGGAUUGCUCUGAACUUGAAACUGUUCCACCUAAUGUUAUAUCCAGCUUGACAAGACUAGAAGACUUGAGGAUGCGAAACAGUUUUAACCAAUGGGAGGCUGAACAAGUGAUUGGGGAAAGAAGUAACGCAAGCCUUUUUGAGCUGAAGUACUUGUCUCAUCUAACCGCAUUGGACAUACAUAUUCCAGAUGGCAACAUGCUUCUAGCGAACAUCUUCUCCAGCAAGUUAGAAAGGUACCACAUAAUAGUUGGUGAUGAGUGGACAUGGCACAAUGUGGAGGAAACCUUCAACACUUUGAAACUCAAGCUCACUCCAAACAAUAACCAAUUGCACCAGGAUCUAGGAAUGCUGCUGAAGAGAUCUGAUAAUUGGCACUUGGAUUUGUUAGAGGGUGUUGGUGAUAUUGUCAAUCAAUUUGAUAAUGAGGAUUUUCAACAACUCAAACAUCUGCAUGUCCAAAACAGUGCUUAUGGCCGGUCCAAAGAAAUCAUUUUGGAGAACCAGGUGGAUAGUGUGGUGCAACACUUCAUGAAUGGGAAGGUUAUGUUCUCCUGA